ACACAUGACCUGUAGGGUGUUAAUGCUUGAUGUAGAGCGCUCAACCACUAAACUACAAUCUAGAAUGCUAACUUUACACAAAAAAUAAAACUUACAGGGGCCAGCCUUCAACAUAAAUGGAUCGCCAGUUGGCCUCCACCAGCCCCCCGUGGCUAUCAUAGUAUCAUCUAAUUCUCUCUUCUCCAUUUUCUUCCUUGCUCAUGUUGUCGUCAACUAAUUGUUUCUUCUUCUUCAAUAUUAAGUCCAUUAAUAAUCUGUAAGUGGGCACUUGAGCUAGAGGGGGUGCUUGUGGUGGUGAAUUGGCUAGGCUAGCUUGCUGCAGUGGUUUUGAUCAUUGGCGACGAGUAGCUGAAAAUAAUUGGGUAAAUAACCCUCUUCGUCUCUUUAAUUCAAUGGUAAAUAUCCUUGCAAAAUCAGAUCUACAACUCGCUGUAGCAAGAGAAUGAGGACAGUUGGGUCAUCAAGUUUGCAGUCCGGCUAUAGAAGGUAUGUUAAACAUCAUGCGCUGAUAAUGUAAUGUGUUGCCGUAAAUUGUUAGUAACAUAGUGUAUAUAUAGUGAGCGGCAAGAUUCAAGCUUGCAACCAAAAAGAAGCCGGAAAAGUAACUAUGAAACAAUUGCAACAUUAUUACAGUUGUUAUUGUCCACUACAAUAUCCUUUGCUUUUUCCACGGGGAGAAUGGAAUCAAGGGCUGAAGAAAAUGUCUCACGGUGGACAUAGGCAAGCUGAUACCAAGGUUGACCCUGUUCAGUCUUGUGCUGUGCACAAUGUAGAAAAUUUGCUUGCUCAAGAAGCUACACGUGCAUCUGGUAGACAUACAAAGGCUGAUAAAUUUGUUUCGCCAAGAGAAUAUUAUGCAUAUAAGUUGCAGAUCAAACCGAACUACAUGCUUUUAAGGGCAGGAACAGCAUUUCUCCAGUACAUUGUAGACAUGUAUGUGAAGAUUGAAAAUACGAGGCUUGAUUUUUUCCUUCGACAUCAAGAUAGUAUUAGAGCUUAUCUAUAUCAAGGCAUACUAGAUACAGUUGAAGCUGGAGAGAUUAAUCCAGCCAAUGUUGGCCAUAGAUUUGUUUUACCGCCUACAUUCCUUGGUGGUCCAAGGGAUUUGAAAAGGCGUUACUACAAUGCCAUGGCUCUGGUUCACAGAUUUGGGAAGCCGGAUUUAUUUAGCACAAUGACGUGUAAUGCAAAUUGGCCAGAGAUUAAAGCAGAGCUUUCCCUUGGGGAAAUCGCACAUGAGAGACCAGAUUUAGUAGCUCGGGUAUUCAGAGCAAAAUUAUUAGCUCUGAAGAAGUAGAUUAUGGAGAUUAAGGUAUUUGGUGAGGUAGGUGUUUGGAAUUCCAGAAAAGGGGGCUACCUCAUGCUCAUAUUUUAUUGAUUCUGAAGCCGGAGUUCAAAUUGAAAAGUCCAGCUGAUUAUGACAAGUAUGUUUCUGCAGAAAUUCCUUCAUUAAGUAAUCCUACAUUGCGUAGGAUUGUAUUAAAGCACAUGAUGCAUGGGCCUUGUGGUCGAAUGAAUCCACAAUGUUCUUGUAUGCAGAAGAAAGGAGGUGAAUUGGUAUGAAAAAAUAGCUAUCCAAAGCCAUUUGUUGAUCAAACCACUACCAACGAAGACGGUUAUCCUUGCUACCGUAGAACAGAUACGGGAGAAAAAGUAAAGAUCAGAAAUGCUGAGCUGAAAAAGUCCCAUACAACCCAUAUCUUUCGACACUUUUUGACUAUCUUAAUGUAGAGGUUUACUCCACCAUAAAAGCAGUAAAGUAUCUAUAUAAGUAUGUAUACAAGGGCCAUGAUAAAGUGUCCUUACUAUAAAACCAGAUGGCAGAUAAGCAACUGAUGAAAUUACUAGGCAAACAUCAACAGCAAGAACAAAACCAUAUACCCCAAUUUUUCAAGGUUUGUCAUCAAUCAUAAGCAAGUGGAAUUAGCUGUCUGUAAUUACCCUUUCGUGGAGAGGUAAGGAAGACACAGGAUGCCUUCAAGUCAUCUAACAGGCAAAAGGGGUUAGUUCAAAUUACCGAGAGGAUGCAGUAUUAAGACACAAUUUGGUACUCUGAGAAAAUCAAAGAAGGGAAUAUCUUUGAGGUAAGAGUUGAGGACUAUGGAGCCUUUCUCAAUCUGAGCUUCCCUGAUGGUAUAUAUAUGCUUGAGCCUUUUGUUACUGUGAUUGUUUUUUUACGGUAUUUUUUGGCAUCUGGAUGUAUACAACUUAUAUUAUGCAGGAAAAUAUCAUUUUACUGGCUUAAUACAUGUUUCGGAAGUUUUAUGGGAUUAUGUUCAAGAUGUCACUAUGUCAGGGAUGUAUUAAGAGUGGAUGAUGUUGUAAGAGUUAAAAUUGUUAACAUUGACAGAUUAUGUCACUUUGAAGAUGAAUCGCGGGAGCAUAUUUUUAGAGAUUGCGAAAUCUCUAGAAGAUUAUGGAAAUGCAGCACAAUGGCAAAGAGCUCAAAAUCAGGGUUUGGAUUCAGAACUUCAUCUCUUUUUUUCUCUGGACAGCAACUAAGAAGAUAGUGUUAUGGACUUUGUGAGUUUUCUCUGAAGCAUUUGGCUCACAAGAAAUAAAGCUACCUUCAACAACGAACAGUGUAAUCCACUCAACAUAAUCUACACUGCCCAACAUUGGAAGAACAUAUGGAUCAAUGGCAAUCUCCUAACAGCAAGAACGACACCAAUAACUGCAGAUUCUACAGAUGGUGAAAGCAAUGAGCAUAGUACAGAUGGUGACAACUCAAGUGGAACAAGUCAGGAUCAUAUCACUGAUGGUGCCCGGAAGAGGAACGAUCUACCUUCGAUGAAUACUUGGAAAGCUGUUGUAUGAUGGAUUUGUAAAGAAAAAGGUGUAGUGAUUGACAGAGGGAAAGCCCCUGUGUUCGCCUCUACCCCGCCCCAAACUGAAGCCAUGGCUGCUCUUAUGGCAAUAAAAAAUUCAAACCUUACAGGGAGGAAAGUCACUAUGCUCACAGACUCAAGCGAGUUGGUGAAGGUUUUUACUGACAACAGCAAAGCAAAGAGGGAGAUAAAGCAGUUAAUGCUUUAUAUUAAACAGGCUGUCAAAAAUUUUGAUAAUUUUGUAAUUGUAAAAGUCAGUAGACUCAAAGUAAAAGAGGCCCAUGAACUAGCUAUAGCAGCUAGGAAGGGUGUAGUCUGUUUUGUUUUCUUGAUUGUCAAAAAAAAAAAAAUAAAAAAUAAAAAAAAAAAAAACAGACAGGUAAAAUUUACUAUAAGUAUAUCACAAUGUGCUAAUAGUGUCACUUAGGAGGCUUGGAUAGUGGCUUGCUAGAAUUUGAUAAUCUUGGUAGUAAAGAUAUUUGGCAUCUCCAUGUUUUGUGGCUGUUUAUCUAAUUAUUCAACUUCUUUACUGGUUGAA